AUGGCAGCUUCUCCUGUCAAUUUCCUCUUCGGAUUCUUGCUGCUUUCUAUUAUAUUGUGGCUUGUGUUCAUAUUUGCUUCUGGGUUGCUGGCUUGGAUUUUGAGCCGGAUUUUGGGAGCAUCUGUUGGAUUUCGUGUUGGUGGAUGGAAGUGUUUGAGAGAUGUGGUAGUGAAGUUUAAGAAGGGUGCUGUUGAAUCUAUAUCUGUUGGUGAAAUUAAACUCAGCUUACGCCAGUCCCUGGUCAAACUUAGUGUGGGUUUCAUAUCCCGGGAUCCAAAGCUGCAAGUGUUGAUAUGCGACUUAGAAGUUGUUAUGAGGCAUUCAAAUAAAAGCCCCGGGACAAAGAAAACUCGGAAAUCCCGUGCUUCAGGCAGGGGGAAGUGGAUGAUUGUAGGCAAUAUUGCAAGAUAUUUAUCAGUUUGUGUGACUGAUCUGAUUCUGAAGACACCAAAAUCUACUGUUGAGAUCAAGGAGUUGAAUGUGGAUAUAUCUAAAGAUGGUGGAUCCCAGUCAAAUUUGUUAGUUAGACUACAAAUACUACCUAUUCUUGUUCACAUUGGUGAACCACGGGUUAGUUGUGACCAGUUAUCUAAUUUAAGUGUUGGAGGAUGCAGUUCUUCUUGCCAGGCAUCUGUUGCUGCUAUAGAAAGGUCUUCUGCUCCUUUUAUCUGUGAAAAGUUCUCCGUCUCAUGUGAAUUUGGUCAUGAUAGGGAAGUGGGUAUAAUUAUUAAGAAUGUGGACAUUUCCAGUGGAGAGGUCACUAUGAAUUUGAACGAGGAGAUGCUUUUGAAAAGUAAGAGUUCAUCAGAGUCGUCUUCUGGCUCCAACAGUAUUCUAGGGUCACAUGCUGGUUCUGUGAGCAUAAAAAAGCCACAAAAGAAGCAGCAAACACUUGAAGCCUUCUCCAAGUACAGUUCUAUGUUUCCUGAAAAGGUCAGCUUCAAUCUACCAAAGCUGGAUGUGAGUUUUGUGCAUCGUGAAAGUGGUCUUUCUAUUGAAAACAACAUCAUGGGCAUCCAAUUGAAAAGCACCAAAUCACGAUCCACUGAGGAUGUUGGGGAGAGUACACGCGUUGAUUUUCAACUGGAGUUUAGUGAAAUUCAUCUUCUCAGAGAAGCUGGUUCUUCCAUCCUGGAGAUAUUGAAGGUUGAUUUGGUCUCUUUUGUGUAUAUUCCAGUGCAGCCAAUUUCACCUGUUAGAGCUGAAACUGAAAUCAAGCUAGGAGGUACUCAAUGCAACAUCAUAAUGAGCAGGUUGAAGCCUUGGUUGCUUCUACAUUUGUCUAAGAAGAAAAAAAUGGUACUUGGAGAAGAAGCUUCUGUUGUUGUAAAGCCACAAUCAAGCAAUAACAAAGCCAUCAUAUGGACAUGCAAUGUCUCAGCUCCUGAGAUGACAAUAGUGCUUUUCAAUAUGGUUGGUUGUCCAGUGUAUCAUGGUUGCUCACAAUCAUCACAUCUGUUUGCAAACAACAUUUCAAAUAUGGGGACUACAUUACACAUUGAACUUGGAGAGUUUAAUCUUCACUUGGCUGAUGAAUAUCAAGAAUGCUUGAAAGAAAAUGUUUUUGGUGUGGAAUCAAAUUCUGGCUCCAUUAUGCACAUUGCGAAGGUUAGUUUGGAUUGGGGGAAAAAGGACAUGGAAUCCGAAGAAGAUGGUCCUAGGUGUAGACUCGGUUUAUCAGUUGAUGUGACCGGCAUGGGAGUUUAUCUAACUUUCAAGCGUGUAGAAUCACUCAUAUCAACAGCCAUAUCCUUUCAAGCUCUAUCAAAAAGCCUAUCUGCUUCAAAGAAAAAAUCAACUCAGAGCCAGGGGCAUUCAGUAAAACCUUCGGGUAAGGGAAUUCAGUUGUUGAAUUUCAAUCUUGAAAGGUGUUCGGUAUAUGUAUGGGGUGAGACAGGCUUAGAAAAUCAAUCUGUUCCAGAUCCCAAGCGAGUUAAUUAUGGUUCACAAGGUGGUAGAGUUAUAAUAAAUGUGUCAGCAGAUGGUACCUCACGCAAUGCAUACAUAAUGUCUACUGUUUCCAAUGAAUACCACAAGCUAAAGUACUCUGUCUCUCUUGAAAUCUUUCAAUUUAAUUUGUGUGUGAACAAAGAGAAACAGUCCACACAGAUGGAACUUGAAAGAGCCAGAUCUGUCUAUCAGGAAUACAUGGAGGAAAAUAGGCCAGUAACAAAGGUGGCAUUGUUUGAUAUGCAAAAUGCUAAAUUUGUACAGCGUUCAGGUGGCCUUAAAGAGGUUGCUGUCUGUUCUCUUUUCAGUGCCACUGACAUUACUGUGAGGUGGGAGCCCGAUGUACACCUAUCACUAGUUGAACUUGUUCUCCAGCUGAAGUUAUUGGUGCACAACAGCAAGCUUCAGGAGCAUGGGAGUGAACACAUGGGAGAUGUGUCUCAUGUGCGAGAUGCUAAUUGGAAAAAUGAAACUACUGUUGAAUCAGGGCAUCUUGAAAAGCAAAAGAAGAAAGAAUCUAUUUUUGCUGUUGAUGUGGAAAUGUUAAGUAUUUCAGCUGGGCUAGGAGAUGGAGUUGAUGCUAUGGUUCAGGUGCAGUCUAUUUUCUCUGAGAAUGCUCGUAUAGGAGUGCUACUUGAAGGACUUAUGCUUAGUUUUAAUGGGGCUAGAAUCUUCAAGAGUAGCCGGAUGCAAAUUUCUCGAAUUCCCAGUGUCUCUGCCGGUGUAUCUGAUACAAAAGGACAUGUAGUCACAACAUGGGAUUGGGUAAUCCAAGGUCUUGAUGUUCACAUUUGCAUGCCAUACAGAUUGCAGUUGCGUGCUAUUGAUGAUGCCGUCGAGGAUAUGUUACGAGGUUUGAAGCUCAUAAUUGCUCUUAAGACAAAUUUAAUUUUUCCUGCGAAGAAAGAGAGCUCUAAAGUCAAGAAACCUAGUUCAGUACAAUUUGGAUGCAUAAAAUUUUGCAUACGCAAGUUAACUGUUGAUAUUGAAGAGGAACCAAUCCAGGGGUGGCUUGAUGAACAUUAUCAGCUGCUAAAGAAGGAGGCUGGUGAGUUAGCUAUCCGAUUGAACUUUCUAGAUGAAUUUAUAUCAAAGGCAAAACAUGGUCUUAAAUCUACUGACACCAUUAAUUCUUCCCAAGAAAGAAAAAUUUCUUUUAAUGAUGUUGAGGUUGAUGUAAAUGAUUCUUCUACUAUUGAAUCCACGAGGGAAGAAAUUUAUAAACGAUCAUUCCGAUCGUAUUACCGGGCAUGCCAGAAUCUAGUGUUAGCUGAAGGGUCAGGUGCUUGUGGAGAAGGUUUCCAAGCUGGUUUCAAACCUAGUACUUCGAGGACUUCUCUUCUUUCAAUAUCUGCAUUAGAUUUAGAUGUAAGCUUGAAAAAAAUUGAAGGUGGAGAUGCUGGGAUGAUUGAGGUUCUGAAGAAGCUUGAUCCUGUCUGUCUUGAAAAUGAUAUACCAUUUUCCCGACUGUAUGGGACAAAUAUUAUCUUAAAUACGGGUUCUAUUGCGGUUCAGCUUCGGAAUUAUACUUUUCCUCUUUUCUCUGGAAGUUCUGGUAAAUGUGAAGGUCGUCUUGUGUUGGCUCAGCAGGCAACUAGCUUUCAACCUCAAAUAUAUCAAGAUAUCUAUGUUGGGAGAUGGAGAAAGGUUGGCAUGCUUCGAUCAGCUAGUGGUACUACUCCACCAAUGAAGACAUACUCUGAUUUACCAAUACAUUUCCAGAAAGGUGAGGUGUCGUUUGGGGUAGGUUAUGAACCAUCUUUUGCUGAUGUUAGUUAUGCUUUCACCGUAGCACUUCGGAGGGCUAAUCUAAGUGUUAGGAAUCCGGGUCCACUGAUUCCGCCACCGAAAAAGGAGCGGAGUUUGCCAUGGUGGGAUGACAUGAGAAAUUACAUCCAUGGAAAAAUUUCUUUAUUCUUUUCUGAGUCAAGAUGGAAUGUUUUGGCGAGUACAGAUCCUUAUGAAAAGGUUGACAAACUUCAAAUUGUGAGUAGCACUAUGGAAAUUCACCAGUCUGAUGGUCGUGUUUUUGUUUCGGCCAAAGAUUUUAAGAUUUUAUUGAGUAGUUUGGAGAGUUUGGCAAAUAGACGUGGUUUCAAAAUUCCAACAGGUGCCUCUGGUGCUUUUCUGGAGGCCCCUGACUUUACUCUUGAAGUUACAAUGGACUGGGAUUGUGAAUCUGGAGAUCCCAUGAAUCAUUAUUUAUUUGCACUUCCAGUUGAGGGCAAACCUCGAGACAAAGUAUUUGAUCCCUUCAGAUCCACUUCUCUUUCCCUUCGAUGGAACUUCUCUCUUAGACCCUUUCCUCCUUCAUCAGAAAGACAGUCCCCCUCUUUCGUUAAUAGAGAUAAUAUUGACGGAGAUGCUACUGUAUUUGAUCCUUCUCACAUAUCCCAGAAUGUUUCAGCUACGUCCCCAACAUUUAACUUUGGAGCUCAUGAUUUAGCAUGGAUUCUAAGAUUCUGGAGCUUGAACUACAGUCCACCACAUAAGCUACGCAGCUUCUCUCGCUGGCCUCGUUUUGGAAUUCCAAGAGUUGCCAGGUCAGGCAAUCUUUCACUAGAUAAAGUGAUGACUGAAUUUAUGAUUCGUUUAGAUGCCACACCAGCCUGUAUAAAGAACAUGCCUUUAGAUGAUGAUGAUCCAGCCAAAGGACUGACUUUUACAAUGACAAAACUGAAGUAUGAGUUAUGUUAUAGUAGGGGCAAGCAAAGAUAUACCUUUGAAAGCAAGCGUGAUGUUCUUGAUCUUGUUUACCAUGGUCUUGACCUUCAUAUGCUCAAGGCUUUCCUAAAUAAAGAAGACUGUGCUAGUGUUGCCAAAGUAGUUAACAUGAUACUGAAAAGUUCACAAUCAAUAUCCAUGGACAAAAUCCCCUGUGAAAAUGGUUACAUGACAGAGAAAAAUCGUGAUGAUGGAUUUCUGUUGUCCUCUGAUUACUUCACUAUCAGAAGACAUUCCCCAAAGGCUGAUCCUGCUAGGUUACUAGCAUGGCAAGAAGCAGGAAGAAGAAAUGCUGAGAUGACAUAUGUACGGUCUGAGUUUGAAAAUGGGAGUGAAGCUGAUGAACAUAUACGGUCUGACCCUAGUGAUGAUGAUGGCUACAAUGUGGUAAUAGCUGACAAUAGUCAGCGAGUGUUUGUCUAUGGUCUCAAGCUUUUGUGGACUAUCGAAAACAGAGAUGCUGUUUGGGCCUGGGUUGGUGGUCUAUCUAAAGCCUUUCAACCUCCCAAGCCUUCUCCUUCUCGGCAGUACGCACAGAGAAAAUUGCUUGAGGAAAACAAACAGCAUGACGGAGCUCAUCUCCGUCAAGGUGAUGUUGCUAAGCACCCUCCCACCGGUAAAAUUUCCAAGUCUCCCUCUUCUCAGCACGGAGGUACUUCUGGAUCACUUUCAUCUCCUCCAAAUUCAGUUAAGGUGGACAACUUGCUGUCUGGUUUUGUUAUUUCCCUUUUCGGUGUAUUGCCAGCUAAAAAUGAGUACAUGGAUGAUUCAGAUGGGACUCAACACUUCAUGGUGAAUGUUAUUGAGCCACAGUUUAAUCUUCACUCGGAGGAUGCAAAUGGUAGAUUUUUGCUUGCUGCUUUAAGUGGUCGUGUUUUAGCGCGGUCAUUUCAUUCAGUGCUUCAUGUUGGUUAUGAGAUGAUGGAGCAAGCACUUGGUACUACAGAUGUACAUAUUAGUGAAUACCAACCUGAAAUGACAUGGAAAAGAAUGGAGUUGUCUGUUAUGUUGGAAGAUGUACAGGCUCACGUUGCACCCACAGAUGUUGAUCCAGGAGCUGGGUUGCAGUGGCUUCCUAAAAUUCUCAGAAGCUCUCCAAAAGUAAUGCGUACAGGUGCUCUUCUUGAGAGAGUUUUUAUGCCUUGUAGUAUGUACUUUCGGUACACAAGGCACAAAGGGGGCACUCCUGAACUGAAGGUGAAACCCUUGAAGGAGCUCACAUUCAAUUCUCGUAAUAUAACGGCAACAAUGACAUCUCGCCAGUUUCAGGUCAUGUUGGAUGUGUUGACAAAUCUUCUAUUUGCACGCCUUCCAAAGCCUCGAAAGAGUAGCUUGUCCUUUCCAGUCGAAGAUGAUGAAGAUGUUGAAGAGGAAGCAGAUGAGGUGGUUCCUGAUGGUGUUGAAGAGGUGGAACUUGCAAAAAUCAACCUUGAAAAAAAAGAGAGGGAGCUAAAGUUGCUUCUUGAUGAUAUUCGAAAAUUGUCUCUUUUAUGUGAACCUUCUGGAGAUAUGAAUCCAGAAAAGGAUAGUGACUUGUGGAUGAUAGCUGGUGGAAAAUCUAUGCUGAUCCGAGGACUGAAGAGAGAGCUUGUAAAUGCACAAAUGUCCAGAAAGGCAGCCUCUGCUUCAUUAAGGAUGGCUCUUCAAAAUGCUGCGCAGCUACGGCUAACAGAGAAGGAGAAGAACAAAAGUCCUUCCUAUGCUAUGCGCAUAUCUUUGCAAAUUAACAAAGUUGUUUGGAGCAUGCUUGUUGAUGGUAAAUCCUUUGCUGAAGCUGAGAUUAAUGACUUGAUAUAUGACUUUGACCGGGAUUACAAGGAUGUCGGUGUUGCUCAGUUUACAACAAAAUAUUUUGUUGUCAGAAACUGCCUGCCUAAUGCAAAGUCUGAUAUGCUUUUGUCAGCAUGGAAUCCUCCAUCCGAAUGGGGAAAAAAAGUAAUGCUUCGAGUAGAUGCACAACAGGGAGCUCCAAGGGAUGGAAAUUCUCCCCUUGAACUUUUCCAGGUAGAGAUUUAUCCCCUUAAGAUCCAUUUAACAGAGACGAUGUACAGAAUGAUGUGGGAGUAUUUCUUCCCAGAAGAAGAACAAGAUUCCCAACGCCGACAGGAGGUUUGGAAGGUUUCAACCACUGCUGGUGCAAGGCGUGUAAAGAAAGGUUCAGCAGUUCUUGAAACUUCUGCUUCGAGCAAUCACUCAACAAAAGAGUCCGAGACCUCAUCCAAAUCUGGCAUAUCCACAAUGCUAUUUCCUGCAACAAGUCAGCCUUCAGUCAAUGUCGAUUCAGCUCAAGCAUCCAAAGUGCAAAAUGUCAAAGCAAACCCUGGUACUGGUACAACCCCUGAGUUGAGAAGAACAUCAUCCUUUGACAGAACUUGGGAAGAGACUGUGGCAGAAUCUGUAGCUAAUGAACUCGUCUUACGAAGCUUCUCUUCCUCUAAAAAUGGCCCAUUUGGUUCUACUGAGCAACAAGAUGAAGCUUCUAAGAAUAAAUCAAAAGAUUCCAAAGUUGUCAAAGGUGGCCGAUCAUCUCAUGAAGAAAAAAAGGUGGCUAAGUCACAUGAAGAGAAGAGAUCUAGGCCUCGAAAGAUGAUGGAGUUUCACAACAUCAAAAUUAGUCAGGUUGAGUUAUUGGUUACAUAUGAAGGGCAAAGAUUUGUUGUAAAUGAUCUCAAAUUACUGAUGGAUCAGUUUCACCGAGCUGAGUUUACUGGGACUUGGCGAAGACUCUUCUCACGAGUUAAGAAGCACAUCAUCUGGGGAGUCCUAAAGUCUGUGACUGGAAUGCAGGGUAAAAAAUUUAAAGACAAAGGUCAGAGUCAGUCCACUGGAGCUGGUGUUCCCGAAAUUGACCUUAAUAUUAGUGACGAUGAAGGCCAGGCAGGAAAAUCUGAUCAAUAUCCACCCUCUUGGCCUAAGCGUCCAGGUGAUGGUGCAGGUGAUGGAUUUGUGACAUCCAUUAGAGGACUAUUCAAUACCCAACGCCGCAAGGCAAAGGCAUUUGUGCUCCGAACAAUGAGGGGUGAAGCAGAGAAUGAUUUUCAAGGUGAUUGGAGUGAAAGCGAUGUCGAGUUCUCUCCUUUUGCUAGGCAGCUCACCAUUACAAAAGCUAAAAAGCUUAUUAGGAGGCACACUAAGAAGUUCCGCUCCAGAGGACAGAAAGGUUCAUCUUCACAACAACGAGAAUCACUACCAUCAUCUCCGAGAGAGACAACUCCAUUUGACAGUGAUACUUCAAGUGGAUCCUCACCAUAUGAAGAUUUUCAUGAAUAGAAAUGUUUUUAGUUAUCUGAAGGAUUUCUUACUUUUCAGCUGAGCAUGACGCACACUUCAUCUAUUUGAUGGACGCAAAAAAGGUGACAGACAGAUGAUCUUUCUCUAUUAAGAAGUACCUCAGUUGAAGACAAAAAGAUAAAACACUUCUUGAACAGAGGGGCGCCUGAAAUGGAAAGAGAACUUGGGACUCGAUAUUUGAGCAAUGCCAUUGAUUGCUAUUCAAUUUGUAUUUUCCGUGGCAGCCCUAGUCAUCGGUGAUAGAGGCUCGCCUUGCUUUCAUCUCUUCUCUCAAGUCAUGUGCGGGUUGUAUAUUCCUGUAGCUUAUGCUCAAUGUGCAAUUUUAGGCUUCUUAAUUUAUUAGAAAAUAGGAGUCUGAAGGUUGACAUGAUUUUGUA